AUGAAUUUCAAUCGAAAUAUACUGCGCGAGACACAAAAUCGUCUUCCAUUUAAAGAUGUUUCAAUACAAAAAUAUCUAUCAAUUGAUAUAAAAAAUGUUACAACUAAUACAAUCGUAGAACAAGAAAAUUUAUCAUUAAUAUCACAAAAAAUUCCAAUAAAAACAAGACCGAUUCUUACUGCAAUACGUUCAAUAAAACAACAAUCAAAAGAAAAUGAUAAUAAUGAUAUGCUUAUUUCACCUAUGGUUAAAACAAAUUUUUUAUUCGAACAAAAUACACCUCUGUCAGAAAUUAAUAAAACACGUGAACAAUCUGAACAAGAUUUAUAUGAAUUAUCUGAUUAUCGUCAAUCAAUUUUUGAACAUUUACUAUCCGUUGAACAUAUCUACGCACCUAAAGCGAAUUUUAUGGAAAAUCAAUCGGAUAUUAAUUCUCCUAUGCGUACACUUCUUAUCGAUUGGCUUAUUGAAGUUUCCGAUGAAUAUAAAUUAAUUGAUGAAACACUGUUUCUCUGUAUACAAUAUAUUGAUCGAUUUUUAUCAGCAGUUAAUGUAACACGAUCAAAAUUGCAAUUACUUGGUACAACAUGUAUGUAUAUAGCAGCGAAACAUGAAGAAAUGUAUCCGCCUGCAUUAGAAGAAUUUUCAUUUAUUACUGAUAAUACAUAUGAAAUAAAACAUAUUCUUCGUAUGGAACAAAUUGUUAUGAAAAUGCUCAAUUUUUCUCUCUCUGGACCAACAAGUUAUACAUUUCUUCAAUACUAUUUAAUUCAUCUUAAAUCAUUAGUAUCAACUGAUGAUCAUAAAUGUCUAGUAUUAUUAUCAAACUAUCUGUGUACACUAACACUUUUACAUGAUCAACCAUUUUCUUCAUAUCGUUCAUCAAUGAUUGCUGCUAGUUGUCUUUUACUUUCCAAUCAAUUACUUAAUAUUAAUAUGAAUUGGUCAAAUCAUUAUACUCAAUUAACAACAUAUACAGAAUAUGAUUUAAAUGAAUGUAUGUUAGCAUUAACAGAUCUACAUUUAAAAACAUCUUUUGAAGAUAAACGAACAUCAAGUUUACUUCGACGUUAUUUAACUAUGAUAAAUAAUGAUGAUUUAUAUAAAAAACGUAUACGUGAUAUAAUUUAUCAUUCGAAAUUACAAGAUGAAGAUGAUAUAUUUGAUUUAACACUUGAUGAAUUUGAUGUAAGUCAUAUGAGUAUGGAACAUCAUUGA